AUGCAAUCAAUGAACAAUACGGAAGUAUCGUUUUCAUCAUCUGUCACUUGUAUUCAUCAUGCAUUUGUAUAUCAAGUAAUAAAGAAUCCACAGAAACUAGCUGUUGAACUAGAUGAACAAUCUUUGACAUAUGCUGAACUUUUACAUUAUGUCCAAGUCUUAUCUUUAAUUCUUCUUACUGAUUAUCUUAUCACUCCAGGUGAGGUCGUCAUUGGUAUAUUGUCAAUAGCCUUGGUUGGCGGUGCUUAUUGUCCACUUUCAUCAAGGGAUCCUCCACAACGUCUUCAAGUUCUUGUCAAUCAGGCUCAUAGUCGGUUAGUCAUGGUUCAUUCAAUUACAGCAGCCGCUUUCAGCUCCGGCAUUCUGAGUUUAAAUAUUGAGUCCGUUAUUCAUCUUGAAGAAAGAUCUUAUAAAAUUAAUUUAAACAAACUUUCAGAUGUACCUGUAACACCAGAAAAUGUUGUCUUUGUAAUUUUCACAAGUGGUUCAACUGGCAUUCCAAAAGCCGUUAAUAUAAUAACUGUUGCUUUUGAUGUAUUUUCUUACACUUUUUUUCUUAAAAUAGGUUCAGUUACGGCAUCGAAACUUCACUGA